AUGCGACGCGCCACCCCGCCGCACCUCGGCGUCGCCGGGAUGCCCGCUGCCGUCGCCAGACCUCCCGCACCUCUCCCUCGCGGGAUCGACCCGCCGCCGCCGGAACUAUACGUCGACCCCAUCAAGCCGAGGCCGUGCCCCGUCGCCCUACAUCGUCGCCUCGCCUCCUCAUCUCCUCCUCGUCGGCCGACCCCGAGCCAUAACGACCCCCUCCCCUCCAACGCUGGUGAGGCCGUCGGCCUCCAUCUUCCCCUUCCCCCUUCUGUUGCCAGCGACCCGGCAUCCGCCCCCCUGCAUGCUCGACGCGCCCGCGGUGUGUUCCCCCUCGCCGUGCCCCGUGAAGGCCACGCCACUCUCCCGCGCACACCUACGCGCCAUGUCGUCCUCGCGCGCCGUGGCCCUUGUUUGGCUCCGUCGCGCGACCCCGCGUCGCCCCGCCGCUCAGCUAGCCGCGUUGCAGCUCCGACGCGUCGUCCUCGCCCCUCGCUUCUGCCCUCGCCACAGCCGCAGCCUGUGCGUGCUGCCCGCCGGUGCCGCGACAGGUGCCCCGCGCCCCGCCAUUCCCGCACACGGUCGCAACCCCUCGUGCGCGCCCCCGCGCCACCACCUCCAGCCUGGCUGCGCCGCCCUGCUCCGGCCCGCCUCCCCUGCUCGCCGGGCCGAUGGCUCAUGCCGGUCGCGCCCCCCUCACCGCGUCGCUCCGGCGCCCUGUUGUUGGCCUGGGCGGGCGCCCGUUCGGGCUGGCGCCCACACGCCCCACGCCCGCUAUGGCCCCUGUGCCUAUGA